GUCAAUCACGUGAUGCUCAGUCGUAAUGUAAUGGCUUCCUACACAAACUCUGUCAACACGCUGUGAAAAAAGAUGGAAUACUGUGUUUUUCUCUUUAACGUCGUUGAUCGAGUCCAUACUAAAGGCGUUAAUAAACGUCUACGUUUAAAAUAUAGAGAUAUAUUUAGACUACUACUUGAAAGGACUUGAAAUGAGUUUAUUUCAGUUACCAGAUGAUGUCCUCUACCUUAUCUUGUCGUAUUUGGACUGCAAGUCGUUGUGUCGUCUCUCCCAAGUUUGCAGGAGACUUUUCCAUUUCACACGUCGUGAUGCGGUGUGGAGGAAGAUAGCCAAAGAUCUCAUAAACACAGGAAUAACACGGCAAGGAGGAGACUUGUAUCAGGGGAUUCUCUUGAAGGACAGGGUGAGGAUAUCACAGAACUGGUCACAAGGCAGCUGUCGCAAAGAAGUUUUGUUGAAGUGGAAGACAAACUUGUUGCCAUGGCUACAGCUGGACCAUGAUGUGCUGUAUCUCUCUCAAGCUGCAGACAUUGGAGCGUACCAUCUCAGUCCAGAUAGGGGGAGGGGGAGGUUUCAGCACAGCCGCUUCGCUCUGUUUUCAGGACACCAAGAAGAUGUGUGUCGAUUUGUCCUGACAGAUACACACCUCAUCAGUGCUGGAGGGGAUGGCAAAAUCAUCAUCCAUAAUAGAAGAGAUGACUUCUCUAUGGAGUUCUAUGCCCACAGCCAAGAAGUGAACUGCAUCGAUUGUAAAGAUGGCCUGAUUGUGAGUGGCUCCAGAGACAAGACCGCACGGAUCUGGACACUUUCUCCAAAUCGUCUAGGCAAAUGUUUACACACCAUCCACACCUUUGAUAGGGUCUGGUCUGUUGCCUUAAGUCCCACCAUAGGCACCUUUGUGACGGGGACAGCCUGCUGUGAGGACUCUACCCCUCUGCGCAUCUGGGACACCGAGAGGUGUCAGCUGGUGUCUUGUUUGGGUGAGGACUUUCGCCGGGGAGCAGGUGUUUUAGAUAUCAUCUAUGAAUCUCCCUUCCAGCUCCUGACCUGCGGUUAUGACACCUACAUCCGCUACUGGGACUUGAGGGUUUGCUCCAGGAAGUGUGUCAUGGAAUGGGAGGAGCCUCAUGACAGUGCCCUUUACUGCAUGCAGACAGAUGGGAAUCACCUCAUCGUCAGCGGUUCUUCCUAUUAUGGUGUGGUGCGUCUCUGGGACAAGAGGCACACUCGCUGCUUGCAGAUGUUCCAGCUGACGUCGUCCACCAGCAGCCCUGUGUACUGUCUGCGUCUGAACGCCUCCCACCUAUACGCCGCUCUGGCUUCGGCACUUUACUCCCUCGACUUCACCGCACCCGCGCCCAGAACCAGGAGAUAACCCAGAUUUCAUCCACACCACACACACACACACACACACACGGCAAUGCUACACACACACACACACACGCACAUUUAAAUUCUUUAUUUGGAUUAGAAGAUAAGCAUAUAUCAUGGCAUAAUCCAAAUUUGUUUUAUUUUGUAUAUCAGUUUUUUGGCCUUGUUCUUUUGUAGUCCACAGAUCUGCAGGCCUCUUAGACACAUCUUCACCUGCACUGCACACACACAUGUACAUACACACAUGUACACAAAUGCUGAAAGAAACACACCACACUCAGUCUUCACUGGCAAUGCUACGAGAGAUUUAUUUUUUCAAGAAAAAGGAGACAUUUCGACAUUCAUGCUGGUUGCUUGGUAUUUGAGAUUCAUUUUACAUUACAUUCCCAUUGCAAUAUUAGAGGCUUGCAAGUUUCACUCCCAUUUGGCGCAUAGUAGACAACACAGUAGACCCCCACAACACACACACGCACGCACACACACACACACACACCGUACCUACCCCACCUCCCACGUUCUCAGGGACAGCUUUCUGGUUGCAGUUAAUGGCAGCCAUCUUGUCCACACCCCACUGGAAGCUGGAGGAGUCACCGCUUGACCUUUGGUGGCCCGGAACUGGAUGCAGCCAGCAGUGGGAUUCCUCCAAAUCACGCCCCUGCCACCACACACACCGCAAGGCGGUCACCUCGCCGGGCGUCUCUCGACAAAUGAGAUACAAUUACACACAAUUUCUGUCCUGUAAUUAAAAUCUCAGUUUUUUUCCCCCCAGAAAAGAGGUCUAUUAAAAGGCUAUGAUAUUUUCA